CACAGCGUGUGGCCUAGGAUUUCACGCCGUUGACGUGCGAUGUCACAGCCAGGAAACCGGUGCUACGUGCUCGGGUGCAGAAAGACUUAUAACGCGAAUCCCGAGCUUACAUUUCACCGACCUCGCAAUGGCGAAACGAAACGAAAGUGGGAGGCAGCGAUCGCCAGCCACUACUGUGGUGUGGCCCAAGGAUUGAAUGUUUCACGCGUCUGUUCCUGUCAUUUCGCCGACGACGCCUAUUUUGAUGAAGAUGUAUUGCAAGUUCGGCUUGGGCUACGGCAGAAACAGAAGCGGCUGAAGAUUGACGCCGUGCCUACCACCCCUACCACAUUCGAUCAGGAACAAGGGCAGGAACCAGUAACGGAGGCGGCAGCAAGCACGUCAACGGAAUCAACUGGAUUUGAUGUGGAGGUCAUGGCUGAAGCAAGUGCUGGGGACCCACUUCCCACUUCACGGCGCAUCUCACAAGGGGAUUGUCGUCCCCUGAUUCCAGGAAGAGGAAAACAAUGGACACAGAUUUGCAUAGCGUAUUAG